AAAACACUUGUCAUGAUCAUGAGAACGUCAACGUUGACAGAUCCAAAAAAAAGAAUUAAUCAGCGGUUUAACUAAUUAAUGUGUUAAAAUGAGUGCAGAAGAAGUGUUUUCGAAGCUAAGAUCCAACUCGGAACAAAACUGUGAUGAGGCUGUACGUCUCCUAGUUAAAAUAGCCGAAAAUAUUGUUAAAGAUCCAGCUAACCUAAAAGUACGAUCUCUACAAAAAAGCAAUUCCACAAUAAAAAAUAAAAUUUUGUCCGUGAAGGGAGGUUCGGAAUGUUUGAAAUUAAUGGGCUUUCAAGAGAAUGAGUCUAGUUUCACACUACCUUCAACAACUUCAAUGGAAAAAUUACAAGAAGUAAAAAAAUGUCUCUUGAAUUUUAAAAAUGAUGAGAAACGCCAGGGGGCUGUGCCUAAACUGAAGCAAGAAACUAUGAUCAGAAGUAAUAGCACCAAUUUCGAAGUUAAUGGCGAUGAUUUAGAUAAUGUGAAGAGAUUUGUUUUACCUACCCUUAAAAAGCUCUUUACCAACCCUUUUUUGCAAAGGAUCGAAACGGAAUUCCAUCGUGCACUCGCUUUCGACGAUAAAGAAUGUCAAAAACGUGCCAAAAAGCUCAUUCCAUUGGACAGGCUUGAAAAAAAUGCACAGAGAAAUUUGCGUUAUGUCCAAACCCGCAUAAAAAACGAAAGAGUCCAAGACCCGGAGUUUUCCGUCCAGGAUAUGUUACUCAUAGAAUUGUUAAAAUGGUUCAAAGAAGAGUUUUUCUCGUGGGUUGAUUCCCCCGGCUGUGAGAAAUGCGGGGGAAACACUGCGAUGUCUCACAUGAGUUCGGAUAAGACCGAUUUAGUUUAUACAAGCAGGGUUGAAGUCUACAAAUGUAAAACUUGCAACGCAUUUACUAAAUUUCCCCGUUUUAACGAUUUAAAUAUCUUAUUGGAGACUCGAAGAGGGAGGUGUGGGGAAUGGGCAAAUGUUUUUACGUUACUUUGCCGCUCUUUGGGGUGGGAUGCUCGCUAUGUGGUUGAUGAACUUGACCACGUGUGGACUGAAGUUUAUUCAGUUACGCAAAAACGUUGGGUUCAUUGCGACUGCUGCGAAAACGCAUGUGAUACGCCCCUAAUGUACGAAACAGGGUGGAAUAAAAAAUUAACAUACAUUAUAGCGUAUUCUCCUGAUGAAGUCCAGGAUGUCACCUGGCGUUAUUCCAGCAAUCACAGAGAAGUUCGGACACGAAGAAACAAAUGUUCAGAAGACGAACUUGUGAAUGCCUUAAUUACGCUUAGAAAUGAGCGCCAGAAGUCAUUUAGUGCACCUAAACGUGAUUAUUUAACGAAAAGAUUGGUUACUGAGUUGAUAGAAUUGAUGGUGGAGAGAAAAGCGAAUGAUAGUGAAAAGUUCGGCCGUAUUUCGGGAUCGAAAGAAUGGAGAAGUGCAAGAGGGGAAAUAAAAAAUGAGAACAUGUAUGUGUGGAUUGUUCCGAGUAAACAUAUCGUUAAUAAUAAAUUGACAAUUAAAUAUUCCACCGCGUUUGAUAAGUACGAGUUUGUGAAGGGGGAUAAUAGUGUUUUGGGGGUAAACGGCUGGCAAUAUGGUGUCUAUGAUUUCAGUAAUGUGUUCAGAAAAGAAGAGAAAGAUUGGAAAACGGUUUAUUUGGCCCGAAAUGAAGGGACCGAUCAAGGGAGUAUAUCAUGGAGAUUCGAAUUAGAUAAAGGGGUUAAAAAGUGUAUAGAUAACUUAUCAUUAAAAUUCAAUUAUCAACUAUACGAAAGUGGAGUCGUACAAAUACAACUAAUUUCCGAUGAUAAAUGUGUGGAUUUUCCAAAAACUGAAGGGGCUCUAGAAACUCAGGCAUUUUCGGGAGUGAGGCAUUUUACAAUUAAGGCAACUUUAAGUGGAGGCAAGGGCAAUGUGGCCUGGCAGCAUGCCCAAUUAUUCCGUCAGUCCAGUGAUAGCAAAGAUUUUCCAUUUGUUCUUUCUGUAACUUUUAGAAACGUUGAGUAAAUAAAUAUUUGUUACAA